CGUCGCACUUAUCACAACUACUUCGACCUUCCAAAACGACUCAAACGCCCGAGCUUUUCGCGCCACUACGAAAAUUCGCGCUGCUACACUCAACGCUUUUGUUACUCUCGGCGACGUUUUCAAUUUUAUCGCUCCUCAAGAAUCGAAAUACGAAAGUUCAACGACUGCCAGAUUUUUCUGGACACUCUGCUUGAUUUUGGUAUUCUCGGAUUGCAUUUCAUUCUCUUCGAGGCACCGUUUUUUUGCCCUCUGGAACAACGCGCUCUCUGCGGAAAAUUCCGGAAAAAUUUCAACUUUCAUCUUGAGUUGCCAAGUUUGUCUUCUGACAUUUCCAUCAACUGAGAUUUCGCACCUCUUUUUUAUGCGGCCAAAUCUGUCGGAGAGAAUUCUAUUCCCUCGAUAAGAGUGGACCAACGGGCGGGCAGCUUUCAGUGAGGAUCGAUACACCGAGUGGAUUCAGUGUGUAGAAUCGAUUCCGAGAGAAUCGACAAAAAAUUGGAGCGCAACGAAUUUUUCGAUCGACUUGAAAAAGCCUGGAUACGAAAAAAAAAAACGCGCAUUACAGUGACUGUACCGAGAUACAAAAAAGGCGUUAAAAAGAAUAAAGUUGGGCGAGAGUGUCCCGAAACGUGAUAAUCUUUCGUUCGUCGACACAUCCGAACGGAUUCUCAACACGAAACCUUAAAUUCGAGUAUACUCGUGAUUUGGAGGCAACGGAAAACAGUUCGAUCUAAAGUUUCGGGCAUAGCUUCGCAGCAGUUGUUCAAGAUAAUUGUAAUUCAUCGAGUGAUCGUUAAAUCCUGGAGUUGAAUCCACGAGAAGCCGAAGCUCACUAAAUGAAUGAAUAAUACGAGGCACAAAGUGAAUCCAGUUCGAUGGAAUUUUCUAUCGUCGCCAAAACGUCGAAAGGUGGAAUAAUUUCGGCGAAAGUCUCCUCUCCGAUGACAAUAACAGUGCAAUAAUGCGGUUCAAGCUGUUAAAUCUUCUGUUGAUCCUACUGGUCGUGGGAUCGAACGACGCCAGACCCUCGAAACCUGGGAGUCCGGAAGUGGGGAAAGAAAAUGUCGAGAAAUCAGUAACCACCGAAGGGAUCGUCGAUGGGUCGUGGAAUUCGUCGAGGCGACCGACCGAGCAUAGAAGCUCGUCGGUCGUUAAAAGUGAUAGCAGGUACAGAGGCCGGACGGAAAAUAAUACACAAUUAAGCGAUAUAUAUUAUCAAAGCCAUUUUGCUCCCGGCUCAGUAAAUAGUUUCAAGAUCGACGAUAAUUUCGGUUUACCGAAUGAUUGGCGAUUAUUAGGAGCUUCGAGAAUCGUGAAAUCAAAUUCGGACGUUCGAUCGAUCGUAUCCGAUAAGUUAAUAGACGAUUUCAAGAGUCUACGUUUUACCGUUACGAAAUCCGUGGAUCCGCGCAGUCGUCAAAACGUUACCCGCCAGAAUCUAAAUGCGAAGUUAAAAAAAUUUCACGAGUCAUUGAUAGAAGAUCCGUUGGUUAGGCAGGACGAUCAUAAUGCUAAUGAUACGCGUGAAGCUUUUCUAAGAUUUAACGAGAACGAUGAUUUGUCACGAAUUUCGGUGAAAGGAAAAAAUAGAGUGGUCUUAAGAUCGGAUUAUUACGAGAAACCGUUGAGAGACGAGACUCAUUUGAAGCCGAUCAGUCUAGUAGCUCCCGAGGACGCUUCCGGCAACACGAGUUAUCACGAAUUGAAAAAUUGGCCGAACGAUGCACUUCAGAACGUCGAAGAUCUUUUUAAUUACGAUAAAUACACAUCAAACAUAGAGACACUGACCGACCAACAAACUCCGCUGAUCAAUGCUCUUGUCCCCAUUGGAAGUAGCAUUAAAAAACGAAAGAAAAAACCUAUCAUUCAAAUAUCUGGAUCGGAAUCGAACAAUCCUCAAUAUCAAAAUCCUGCGAGCUCGAACUAUCAUAAAUUGCCAUCUAGCACCCAACAAUCAUUGCCCUCGAGUUCGAGCUACGACCGCCAACCGCUUGGACAGCCCAACGUCCAAGAAAUCAUUCAAUGGCUUCAAAUACCAGCUUUUGCUACGAAUAAAAAUCAAACUUACUCGCUGGUUAAUGUCCUGCCUGCAGAAUCCGUCACGAAACCCUUCGAUCACACGUAUCAUGACUUUGGCAUUUCGAGACCCAUCACUUCAGCCACGACCUAUUUCGAGCCAGAAAAUUAUUAUGCCGGCACGCCUCCGACCAAUCAUGAUUCCGUGAACGAAAUUUCAACGGGAAUCACUCACUACCAAGAAAUUUCAAGCCCGAAUCCUGGCUCCCAUCGACCAAUGAAGGAUCCCACCAAUUCUUAUCAGCAAUUAGAAACUCACAAACAUCAUUUAUCGGCUGUUAAUUAUCACGAACAAUCGCAGCUCCAAAAUCAACAAUCCUCAUUGCAUUAUCAGCCGUCAGGCGGAAAUGAACUCGCAACAGACUUUCCUGACCAAUCACUCCAUUAUUACGAUAACGGAAACAAUCAAAAGCCCUACCCGAGCCAUCACUACGUGCCGAGGCCGACCUCGGAAAGUCCAUCAACCGGGUCUAGCCGUCCCGCCGAGACGGUCAGUCUUCCAACAGCUGUCGUGACUCUCUUGACCGAUUUGGCAAGUAAGCAAACUCAUGCGAGAUGGCCGGUGUUCAAACCAUCUUCCGAAAUCACUCAAAAUACCAUAGUUCACAUUCUCAAUCCUGGCUCGAAAAAGCCGAAUGUAACCGUCAGUGAAAUGCAAGUGGCGCAAGUUGAGAAACCCCUGGGCACGUCAGAAAACAAUACGAAUGGUCCUGCAACACCUCCAAACGUUCAUAUUAUGUUCAUGAACGAGGACAUGCAGAAUAUGGAGGACCCUCUAGGCCAGUCGAUACCGCAGGACCAGUUGCCAGAUAAAAAUUGUCCAACCAUCAUGAUCAACUCUAUAACCCGAGUAAACAACACUAUACAGAGCAAAGAAGGUUGUACCGACCUCAAUAUCGUUAUAAACUCUCAAGUUCUGAGUACAAACGUCUUCAAUACUGGAUCGAGCGUUCCCCAAGGGGACGCUGAUCCUCAGGACAAGUACGUAGAUGGCCCUGUUUCCGAAAGUUCCCACCGUCCUGGUGACAAUUACAAUUCUCUGGAGACUCUUAAUUCCCCAUCGGAGGCUGACGACGAUGAGGAUUCCGACAGAGAUGAGUUGUUCGAUCCUGAGGCAGUGGAGGACGACGGUUCGGUUUUUAGUACGACCUCUCACGUCACUCAAGAGUCCGAAAUUUUCGUGUCGACCGGCGACCCUCACGAGGGCGGCUUCGACGCUAUCGGAGAAUCUGUUCCCGACAGUCUUGUCGACGUUUCGCCCUCGUUGAGUCAGCUUCCCGUUAGUGAAAUUCGACCCCAACUAAUCCCAUCGCUAAUAGCGGACUCCGGAGUCGGCCAAGCGAUCGGUGAUUCUUCAGCCGGUGGGCCGUUUCCAGCUCUCGCGGCUGGUGCCGGACCGCUUUCAGGUGCUGCAGGCGGUGGUGGUUCUGCUGCGGCAGUUGGAAAUUCUCCAGGCUCAACGGCGUUGGCUCCCGUAGGCAACGAUGACGACGACGACGACGAUGAUUUUGACAUGAGCCCAUCUGGCCUCGUGGAUUCCGUAGGCUCCAUUUUUACCUAUUUUUCGUUCUUGAACCCUUUCAAUUAUGGACUUUUCAGCAUCGCUGCUGCACCCUUCGCCGCCGCUGCUGCGGGUCUCAUCGGCGUCGCCGCUAUUUUCUUUCCAUGGGCCCUACCGGGUGUUCUUGAUUUUGGUCGUGCCGCCGAUCAAGUCACUAUUCGAUUCAGACCGAGCCUCGAACAAGUCGUAAAACAGUCCAUUCAUAAGUACAGGGAUUGGCACGAAUUAAAAAGCAAACGAAAGAAGAGAAAAAGAUGUCUGAUGGGUUCGUUUCUGUUUUGCAGGACCGCGCUCAAGUCGCUGGAUCAAUCACUGAGGACUGUGGCAACGCAAUUGCUCAACGUGAGCAAUACCGAGUCGAAAGAACCAAUCGAAAGUCCCAACGCGACAAAACUGAAAGCCUCAAACGUUUUGUUGGUACAGAAUAACGAUGAAAAAGCGAGUUACGGUCCUCUGAGAUUCGGGGAUAACGACAAGAGCGUCGUUGCAUUAGUCGACAACGUGAAUCCCGGUGCGGGCUCGAUGGUCUCCGUCGGUUUUGGCAGGCCCGUCAAUUCCAAAUUCGGUUUCUUCGAGUCGAGUCAUCCCGGUGUAGCGAUGGCAAUGACGGAAGAAGAAUUGGAGAGAGAAUUGAGCAGCUCGACGAGACUGAUGACGGCUCACAAAAAUCGCCCGACAACGACCGGUGGGAUUUCCACCUGGAUACUUCUUAACCCACCAACGACGACGGAUAAUCCAUUGAUCGAUCGCGAAUCGAGUGACAACGAUCAAAAGUUGGACGAUAAGCCAACUACACCGAUCGAAAUUAUCGAAACGACUGCGAAGAGCGAAGUAAAAACAGCUUCGACGCUCGAAAAAUCGUCAUCGUCGCAAUCCACCACCCCAAUGGAGAGAAUAACGACUUUAACGACUUUGACCAAGAGCACGACACCCGCGUUGAAAAAAACUACCGUCCACCCGAUCGUAACUACUGAAAAAACUCCUAAACCCACUCAAACGACGAAAGUCACCUCGAUCCCAAAGACUUCUGUAGUCACCGAGCCAACGGCGCAGAAAGCUGAGUCAACGGUCUCCAUAUCGACAGCAAAGACUACGACUACCACGAGAAAACCCCUGGACACCAGUCGAUCGACCAUGAGACCGAAACUAACGACUCCGAAACCUACGAACGUUACGUCGAAACCAGUGGCGACCAAGGUCUCGAGACCUCCUGUUCAAUCUACCAAAACAAAGCCAUCCCCGACGAGAAAAACAACCACUAAAGCUUCGGUAGAAACGACGAAGCAUCCGAGCACUUCGAAAGUCGAAAAAGUCACAUUCAGGCCCGUCUCGAUGAUCACAACUCCGAAAUCAGUUGAGAAUCAAUUGAACGCGGAGCGACCGAUUUUCUUGACGAAGCUCAAAACUUCCUUCACCGCUGACUCCACUGCCAAUUCCGUCCAACCGACACGCACAAAUAACGCAACAAUUUUCACGAACGCGACUCGAUCUCCUGAUCCUGAAAAUUCGCCAGUUUCUACAAAGACGAAAAAACCAAACAAAAAUAAUAACGUUCUCAAAGUACAGCUAAAAAAACCCACGGAAUCGCAAACGAAUAUCGAGAUCGAGCCGAUAAAAGUAAACGCUCCCGUGUUGCGAAUCGAAAAGAUUGAGAGCAAGGAGAAAGCUUCUCCCAAAAGAAACGCAACGAAAACGGCAGCUCCUUUGAUUCCCGAAGAAUCUCGAAUCGGCGUUGCGACAAAAUUCAAUCCCGAUAUCAAGAAAAUCGAAACCGAGUCUUCGAGCUCGAACGAAUCGACGAUCGUUACGAGCACCAAACGGCCUCACAAGAGGAAGAAGAACAAGCUACGACGACGAAGACCAACGAGUCCUGCACCACCUUCGUCAACGUCUCUUCAACCAACCGCGACGACCCUUUUGGCAGAACCUUCGACGGCUGUCACGACCACGGAGAGUUCGAACAUUUUGUCGGAACUGGGAAUUAUCGACAAUACCAUUCAAGAAUCGAAAAUAGCUCCUGAAUCAAAAGUCACGGCCGUAAGCGGUACGAAAAAUAAGAAAAAGCAAACCCAAAAACCGAUCGGUACUCAAAUUUACAACUAUUUGUCUCGCGAAGUAAUGCCAAGUUUUGGAGUAAUGUCCCUGGUCGGAUUGGGCAUUGGUUUGGCCUCCUACUUUCUUUAUCCAUUUGGAGGUGCAAUAGCACGGAGGAAUUACGUCGUCGAGCCGAAUUACAAGUACAACAUGGAGGAAUAUGGGGGCAAUUAUGGUCAGAGCGAGGAGGAAGUGUUUUCCAAAGUUCUCCAAGGUAUGACCCACCAAGACGGCAAAUACGGUGGUAUCAAAGAUUACGAAUCGAAUUUCUAUCGCUAUCAACAAUCUUUCGAUCACACUCGUCCGGAUGUUAAACCGACGACGAGAAGAAUACUAGACACAUCGAAAUACUCGACAGAUCCUGUUUCGAUUCAUCGACCAAUGGCAACUACCCGUUACGGCAGUAGCGACAAACAUCGCAAUACCGAUUUCAAGUAUCCGGAGUUAUCGACCACUCCGAAUUAUUACGAAAGACAAAAAAAGCCUGAUUUCGUUGGAAAAAAGUCGGUCGAUCGUCAAUUCGUUGUCGGGAAUAUCCCGAAGGAAUACGGUUACGAUAACAGGGCCAAUUUAGCUGCUAAUUUGCCGAUUCCUACCGAAAGUGUUCCCAACGAGAUGCAGGACGAAUACAAGUUUCCAGUCCAACCGGUCGACGUCUCGUCGGCUUAUGGCCACGCCGAAGCUUACAAAUCGAACGACGAUUAUGAGGAGAUCGAAAUAACACCGAGCGCCGUUCAGGUCGAGCACGGACCGCGAUCUCUGAAUCUCGCUACCGCGAAGCUGGCACGAAAGAAGCGAGAGUCGGUUAUUCAACUUAUACCAUCGAGAAGCGAGAUUGAAAAAGAAGAAAAAGAGAUCGAGACUGAAGAACCUUUGAGCAACGAGAUUCUCGAUAUCAUCGAUUCUGUCAUUCCUACCAACGGAAUCAAUAACGACCACCGUCCCGUCUUCAAUGUCAAGGAAGACGAGAAAAAAGCUGGCCAAGAUUCCGGGCUCGACUCGUCCAGUAAUUCCAUUCGUUCAACCGACAAAAAAACUUCUGGGCCAAAUGAGAAUGGCUCGAUUCCUGGAAAUAUCGAAAACACAACUGUCAAUUACAAAAAAAUUGCUAUCAGAAUUGAGGCGACGAGGAAAACGAGUACCGAAAAGAAUACAGAGAAAAUUGGCUCGCUAGGGGAAACUGUGAGAAAUCCUUCCGAACCAGGAAUUACGAGCUCCGAGAUUUUUGACUCCGCUGACUCAACGACUCCCACGAUUUCCAGCACCGUUCCGAGUCUCACCAUCGAUGAAAUACUCGGUACAACCGGAAAUACCGAUGAAUCGAAUUCACCAGAUUCUACUGUCGAGUGGAGCGACGGAACCACGAAGAAACCGAUCGAGGAACGAUUCAAUAUAUUUUCAUUUGUAAAAAAAAUAGCUGAGGUCAAGCUGAGACUCGGCGUUGCCAUUUUGAAGCACGCGAGCGAAGGAUUCGCCAGGUACUUGGGUCAUGUCCAAAAACGCAUCAAUGGCGAAGAGUGACUCACCUCAUGGAAGAACAAGAUUAUUAAGGACAAAUUAAUCGAGUUAUUAUUUGAUGUUUAAUUGCCAGUCUACGUUGUUUACUUCGAUGGAUAUACGACUAUGAUUAUUAUUUUAUCGCUGCCCCGAUGAAUCUGUUCACUCGUCGCAUUCUCUUUAUUCUCUCGAACGGGUUCAUUCGGUUCUGCAAUUAUUUUUCAAAAUCUUCGUUACGACGCUUUUUCGUGAUUUUCGAAAAGUUUUUGUGCAGAUUUUGGAAGAUUGAGCAAGGGCGGGAUCUUUCGAAAUUGCGAUCAAUUCGAAUUGAUGAUUUUCGGUUAAAAAAAUGCAUCAAAAUUUUAAUCUUGUGGAAAAACGAUGAUAUGCGUUGUCUAUCCAAUUAUUUAAUUCAACUAUUGAAGUCUUGUCGAAAAUUUAUUCAUUUCAAAGAAACUCUGCGGAAACUCCAUA